AUGCCACAGAUUUAUAGUAUUUAUAUCUAUCGCAAAACUAUAACUUCAUAUGAAGGCUGGAAGACCGAAUUCAGCAAGAUUCAGGUUAUAGGCACGGACAUUAAAUCCAUCUGUGAAGCACUUCAGAAAACCAUAUGGCAACCAAAUCAAAGCAGCACCUCAAUAAGCUUCUUGACAUCGUCUGAUGAUGGUUCCGAGCAAACUUUGGAAGAUCUAGAUCCUAUAUUUAUGUAUACUGAAUUAUUAAAAGAAAUCAUUCUUAAUACGCAGUACAACACAAAAAAUAGAAGGGAUUUUAUCGAAUUUUUGCGUGCUGAGAAUAGAACGGAUGCUAAUAGGCUUAAAAUGAUUGAUAUAUUCGAAAAGAACGACCCUCCACGAAGCUCCAUUUCGUGGUAUACUUAUGAUAUUCUGUUUUAUGACUUAGCUAACUCUUCUCUCCGAAACUUUAACGUUGAAAAAAUUAUCAAAAGCAGUUUUUUUCUAUCGAGCCUGCAUAGACAAUUAGAAGAUUUACACAAGCAAAGAGUUAACCUUGGUCAUGGAAAGUUUUAUGUUUAUCGAGGACAAAUAUUAUCGAAAGAUGAUUUUAAUAAACUACAGGAAGGUGCACUUAUAUCCUUCAAUAGCUUUUUAUCGACGAGUGAAGAAGAAUCUGUCGCAAGCGGCUACGCUGAAAGUAAUGCGAAUGCACCGGAAAAUGGUGUGGGUGUACUUUUUCGUAUGCUAAUAGAUCCCAACAUUCCGUCGACUCCAUUUGCCCGUAUUAAAAACAUCAGCCAGUUUUAUGAUGAACAAGAAGUACUUUUCUCUAUGCAAGCGGUCUUCCGAAUUCGCAAAAUACAAGAAUACCCCAAGAACAGCGCAGUUCGUCAAGUUGAUCUUGAUCUUACGCCAGAUAAAGAUCCGCAACUUUGUAAACUCAAAAGCUUUAUACGAGAAGAAAUUGAUGGUAAGACAGAUUGGGACCGUUUGGGCAAACUACUAAUUAAAAUAGGUCAAUAUAGCGAAGCUGAAAAAUGGUAUACUACACAGCUAAAACAGAUAUCUAGUGAUAGGAAUGCAGUAGACGAUAUUGAAUACUACCUCGGAAUUGCGAAAUUAGAACAAGGAGAGUACCAAGAUGCAGCUUCAUUUUUCAAAAAAUCGUUGGAAAUCACACGACAUAGUUCGUCAAAAGGUCCUGCUUUGUUGGCUGGCAUUCAUAGCAUGAUCGGCAGCGCGUAUAAAGGCAUGGGCGACUACUUGAAAGCUCUUGAAUCUUAUGAAAUAGCCUAUGAUAUCUUCAAAUUAAAUCCGCACUGUAAUGGACAUCUAUUUGGUUCUUUGUGCAAUCAAAUCGGUGCAGUUUACCAUGACAUGGGUCAGUACGUAGAAGCACUUAAUUAUUACGAAAUAGCACGCGAUACCUACAAAAUAAUUCUCCCAUCCAAUCAUCCUAUAUUGGCUUCUACCUAUAAUAACAUCGGUGAAUUGUACAGAUGUCUGGGUAACUACUCAAAAGCACUCGACUCUCACAAAUUAGCUUUGGAAAUUGACAAAAAAUCUUUGCCUCACAAUCAUGUCGAUUUGGCUACUUCCUUGAACAACAUUGGUAUAGUGUACGAAAAAAUGAAAGACUACAUGAAUGCAAUGUAUUAUCACACAAGCGCACGUGAAAUCUUCGAAAAGCUAGAUUACAAGCAUCCAGGAUUGGCCAAUUCCUAUCAUAACAUCGCUGAAGUAUAUCGCCAGUUGGGUAAAUAUUCAAAUGCAUUAGAAUAUUUUGAAAAGGGCUUGGAAAUUUGUCAAAAAACACUCGAUUCACACCAUCCAUCAUUAGCUAUUUCCUACCAAUGCAUUGGAGCAGUACAUACGUCUAUGAAAAACUAUUCGACAGCACUUGAGUUUCUCGUAAAAGGACAAAAAACCUUGGAAAACUCUCAGCAUGAAACUAACCCUGCUUUGGUCGAUAUCUACAAAACUAUCGGCGCUGUUUAUACGAACAUGUGUGAUUACUUGAAAGCAUUAGAAUAUUUUCAAAAAUCGCACGAUAUGCUGGUAACAGUGUUACCUUUGAACUAUCCAUCAUUGGCCGACUUAUACAGAUGUUUUAGUUCAGUAUAUUAUAAAAUGAGUGACUACUCAAAGGCUCUGGAAUAUUGCGAUAAAACACUUCAAAUGGAAGAAAUGAUUUCGCCUCGAAAUCGUUCCAGUGUGGGGCAUACUUACUCAUUUAUGGGUAAAAUAUAUCUAGAAAUGAGUAAUAGCAGGAAAGCAGCUGAGUUUUACAAAAAGGCAUCUGAUAUCAUUGGAGUAUCUUUGCCUGUGACCAUUCGCGAUGAAAACGGGUCCUUCACCACUACUGGUAUAACAAUUAGUUGCAUUGGCGGCGACUCUCACGUAUCUGACUUACAUGAGCACUUGCGAAACACGCUGCAGAAUUUAUACAACGAAAACCGUAAAUCAGUAAAUUCAAGAAAUUAA